AUGAGCCUUAUAGGAGAAUUAAGCAGAUGCGUUAACCUGCUCGACAGCCUUCAGGCACUUGCUAGCCCGUCUGCAAAGCUAGUUUUAGACUUUCUUUACGACGCUAAGCGGUUCGUGCUGCGGUUCCAAUCUGUGCUUACAGAUGCGCCACUACAGAUCUAUUGCUCCGCACUCGUGUUCGCACCAGAGAGGAGCCUAAUACGACAAACAUUUGUAGACCAAGUGCCGCAGAGGGUUAAGAUGCUGUCUAUGAAAGAAGCAGACUGGGACGCGUGUCGCAGCACGCUCGAGGGCCAUUCCUCCCGAGUUAGCGCGGUAGCCUUCUCACCAGACGGGCAGCUGGUCGCGUCAGCAUCUUACGACAAGACAGUGCGGCUGUGGGAGGUGGGGUCGGGGACGUGUCGCAGCACGCUCGGAAGCUCUUCUGGGUACAUUACUUAUAUCGAUUUCUCACCAGGUGGCCAGGUACUUCACACGAACCAGGGCGAUAUUCCUUUGCCUCGAACCCCUGUUGUCACAUCGCUCUUAAGACCGCAGCCGCAAUCCUUAUACAUUGUAGUGCAGGAUCAGUGGAUAUUGCGCAACCAGCAACGCUUCCUGUGGCUUCCGCCAGAGUAUCGAUUAAGCUCGACCGUAGUACGCGAGAACAUAGCUUGUCUUGGGCUUGUAUCUGGUCGUGUGGUUCUGCUUAGGAUUCUCUAG